AUGGCGACCGCUUCGCCUCGGCGGGGGCCUCCCGGAGAGGCUUUGGUCAGGAAGAAAUCACCCAAGCUCCUUCCUCUAGAUGCUGUCCGGGUUUCUGCUGUACUGGAGGACUGCACGGACCAACUUGCCAUCCUCGGCUUCAUCAUGCCAGUUUCGUACGAGGGCAGGAAAGAUGUCAGCAAUCUCAAUGAGACAGAGGUCAAGAACGUUCUUGAGAACCAGAAGGAGUUGAGCACCAAAUUCAAGAAUCUCAUGGACUCUCGGGCAGAGAGCCAAGCUAAGAUUCCCCUCGAGCUUGGCAGGAUUGCGGAACUCGGGCGACAGCUGCAGAGCACCAGCAACGACCUGAAAAGGUCCAACCACCUCUUCAACAUGGUCACCAAACAGAGUGCUUUGUCCGUGGAUAACCUCAAGAAGGUUCAAGCUGACAGGCAAUACGCGAGUGACGUGCUUGAAGACACGACGGAUGAAUUGCUGACGUUGGGAACCUUUCAAACCCUGCAGCUAGCUGUGGAUAGAGAAAAGGAAAAGAGGGCCAGCGUCCAGGACCUUGUCCUCAGGGAAGAGAUGGGGAGAAAGAAGAUCAAGUCUCUCCAGAAGCAGCUCAGCGAUGUCAACAAAGAAAAGGAAUAUGAGCUGCAGAACCGGGGCGAGAUGGUCGCCUACCUCAAAGACCAGCUUCAGGAGAUGAAGGCUAAAACGGACAUGGAGAACCGCUACGUCAAGAAGGAUACGGAACUCCAGGUGGCCCAAGUGCAGAAGAAAUGCUCUGGUGCAGAGAACGAUCUGCAGAACGAAAUCGAGAAACUCAGAAACCAAACCGAGCAAGAGACCAGAGUCCAUAUGGACAUUGAGAAUUUCCUUAAGCAGCAGCAAACGAGCAUAGAAGAGAAGCUGGAGUACUGGAUGGAAAAGUAUGAGAAGGACACAGAAGCCAAGCAGCAAGCCCUCAACUCCCUGAAGUCUUCCAGAGCCGCUGACCAGGCGGCGCUGCAGGAAUUGGCCAAACAGUGCCUUGUGUGUGAGCGGGCAAUAAUUGAAGACCGGAAGGAAAAGGAGCAGGCACGGAAGAAAGUGGAACAGGAUGCUCUGGAGAUGAAGUGUAUCUUGAAGCUACAGGCAUGGUGGAGAGGCAUGAUGGUCCGCAGAUUCCUUGGUCCUUACAAGAACCUCAAGAAAAUGCUGGAAGAAGAGCCAACAGCCAAGGACAAAGGGAAGAAGGGCAAAGGGAAACCUGCAGCAAAGAAGAAGAAGAAGUAA